AGCGGCGGCGCCUUAAGAUGACGGACAGUGUGACACCUCAGUGUGUGGCAAAGAAGUUGGACGGUGGUACGCGGGCAGCUGCUGACUGGGCUAUGGGACUUUUGCAAUAAUGGGAAGGAGCUACUUUGUGGAAGAAGCAGUUGGGCAGUAUCUGUCGGAGCUCUCCACCAACUCGCAAGCCCUUCUCACCGGCCUCUUGGUAGGGCAGUGUUCCCAGCAAAGAGACUAUGUUGUCCUAGCCAUUCGAACACCUCCAAAAGAGGAGGAAAGUAAAAGCAAUACAAGUCGUCGUUCAGAAUUGUCUAAUAUUGAUGAAGAAUGGAUCGCAGCACACGCCAAUCAGGUGUCGCGAAUGCUUCCUGGGGGAUUGCUGGUCCUUGGUGUCUUUACUGUUGCAGCUCCAGAGCUGGCAAAAGAAAUCCAAAAUACCCUAAGGAAGCUUGUGUUUUCAGUAGAAAAAUCUGUAGCUAGAAAGAGGUUGUGGAACAUCUCAGAAGAAGAUGUGUCUGACAGAGUGGCUCUUCAUCUUUGCUCUGCUACAAAGAAAAUACUUUGCCGCACUUACGAUGUACAAGAUCCAAAGAGUACGGCCAAGCCAGCAGACUGGAAAUAUCAGCAUGGCCUUGCCACGUCAUGGCUAUCGUUAGAAUGCACAAUUAAUGCUAAUAUACACAUCCCGCUACCAACGACCUUGGCCAGCCACGACUUAGAGAAAAACACAAGGAAUGGAUUAUCACGAUGGGCCAAACAGAUAGAGGAAGGUGUAUUUCUGAUCAAUGGCCAAGUUAGAGAGGAAGAUGCUGAUUUACUGGAAGGGCAGAAAAAAUCUGCAAGAGGAAACAUGUCAUCAGCUACUCAGAGCCUUGAUGUUAGGGUUUUAAUGCAACUGUCACGUAGUUCAAACACCAGAUCCACAGCAACAGUCCAGAUAUGCAGCGGCUCCAUAAAUCUUAAAGGUGCUUUAAAAUGCAAAGCUUACAUCCAUAAUAACAAGCCCAGAGUUAAAGAUGCUGUUAAGGCCUUGAAGAGAGAUAUAAUAAGCACUCUCUCUGAUCGUUGUGAAAUGUUAUUUGAAGAUCUGCUUCUAAAUGAAACACCAGGAAAGAAAAAUUCUGAACAGGAGUACCACACCUUGCCUUGCAGAGUGUUUGCUCCCAUUGUUGGGUCCAGCGUGUUGCUGUGUGACUAUAAGUUUGGAGACGAGACUGCCGGGGAAAUCCAAGAGCGCUUCCUUGAGAUGCUGGAUCAAGCUGUUCAACCAGAGGAUUUGCAGACAGCUGAGGAAAUGAAUAUGGUUGAAGUAACCCCCCUGAAGGAAUUCCAAGAUGUUGUGCCAGAGAAACGGUUGACUAAAGAAGUGCUUCUGUUGAAGCUUCAUCAAAAUAUAGGAGUGGUGGUAGCAGUGGCUGUCGCAAUAUCCGCAGCAGCCUUCUCCUUCAACUAUUUCAGCGACUAGGCUUCAGAUGCUAAGAGCCAACCUGAAAACUCCCGCCGCCCCAGAUGCCCUCAAAAGAUGCACGCUUCCAGAACCGAUUGCUUUAACAACCAAGUGUGUCACCUAACAAUUCCAAUUAGCAGAAGCUAUCCUUAUUUAGAACAGCUAUCCUGUUUCUGCAUGCCAUAGUGUAGGUGGAAUGUUUUUUAAGAGGGUGGGGGGGGGGAGGAG